GCCUUCCCUCAGCCAAUGGAAAACCAAUCGAGCGCCGGUUGCCCCGCCCUCAGCAAGGCGUGCCCGCCCCCUGAUCCCGGCGCCGCUCCGCGUCUGCGCCGCUGCCCUUCGCGUCUGCGCAGUGCGCUUUGGGGGCGGGCCAGGGGUCAGGACGCCUGGGUCCUUGGGGGAGCAGGACCGGACAUGGCGGCGCUGCGUUUGCUGUACCGGGCUGCCCACGCAGGCUCACCGCCUGCCCUGGGCUACCUGCGCCCCCUCAGCACCACCGUCCCCAGGGACUGCUACAAGUACGUCAACAUCCAGGAGCCGGCCACGGACAUGCGAUCCAUCACCGACCGGGCUGCCCAGACCCUGCUGUGGACAGAGCUCUUCCGAGGCCUGGCCAUGACGCUGAGUUACCUUUUCCGGGAGCCGGCCACCAUCAACUACCCCUUCGAGAAGGGCCCGCUGAGCCCGCGCUUCCGUGGGGAGCACGCCCUGCGCCGCUACCCCUCCGGGGAGGAGAGGUGCAUCGCCUGCAAGCUCUGCGAGGCCGUCUGCCCCGCACAGGCGAUCACCAUCGAGGCCGAGCCCCGCGCCGACGGCAGCCGCCGUACCACCCGCUACGACAUCGACAUGACCAAGUGCAUCUACUGCGGGUUCUGCCAGGAGGCCUGUCCCGUGGAUGCCAUCGUGGAGGGCCCCAACUUUGAGUUCUCGACAGAGACACACGAAGAGCUGCUCUACAACAAGGAGAAGCUGCUCAACAACGGCGACAAGUGGGAGGCCGAGAUUGCGGCCAACAUCCAAGCCGAUUACCUGUAUCGGUGACGGCCGGGCGCCGCCACAUCUCCUCCCCGCUCCCCUAAUAAAGGCUCUGGGGGGGUUCUGCCCCCCCCCCUGCACUGGGGGCACCGGCCCCUUCCUAACCCAGAGCUCCA